AGGAAGAUUAACUCACGACUAGAUGAAUAUGGACUUGAAGAAGUGAACUGCUUUAUUGUUACUUAAAGAAUCCCUGGAAGAAGAUCUGGAGUGUGUGGACCAAGAGCUUGAAGAAUGCAGGCUGUGCCUGGUUUUAGGUGCAAAGAGCAGGGUGAGGGCUCUUUGCAGGAACUCAUGCCAAGAAUGGUAUGGGUAACAGGAGCAGGAGGACCAAGUUCCAAUGCUGGGGGUCUCCAGGGGCCUUACAGAUCUUCAAAACCCCCUCGUGAGCUUAGUGUGGAAGAGCAACAGGAGCUACGGAGAAAGAUCAACAGUCGUGAGAGAAAGAGAAUGCAAGACCUUAACGUGGCCAUGGAUGCUUUACGAGAGGUCAUGGUGCCCUACUCUUCUCCCACCGGUGUAAGUGGAGCACUGCAGCACCCUUACUUCCCUCCAGGAGCCCCUCCGACUGGGCGCCGCCUGUCUAAGAUCUCCACGCUGGUGCUGGCCCGUAACAACAUCCUGCUCCUAGGCUCCUCCUUGCAGGAGAUGAGGCGUCUGCUGGGCGAGGUCAGCAUCGGGAUGGGCGUCAGCGGGACUGUACCACGUCUGCUGCUGACAGGGGGGUGGCCAUUUCUUACCGGGCCAGGACAGCUUCUGUUUUCCCCUCCUGAGCAGCAAAUGGGUGCAGCAAAGUGCCCUCUUCUGCCUCAGGGUACCCAGGAGGAGCCCUUGGCAUGGGGGUCAGGCAGCAUGUCGGAGAGCCCGGUGUGCCAGUGUGGGGUGUGCUGGACCCCAUGGGUGGUGCAUGUUAAUCCCGCCACACGCUUCCCAAAAUAAUUCCAACAUGACUUGGAGAAAGGCUAAAAAAGAACAAUACAACAACAUGCAGUUUUUAAUGUCUGUGAAGGGUGGGGUAUCUGGAUAAUUUUUUGGUAACACUUUACAAAAAGGUUCAAUUUGUUAACCUUUAGGAAUAAUUCACCCAAAAACGAAAUUUCUUUCGUAAUUUCCUCACCAUCUUGACAUUUCCAAACCUGUUUGACUUUCCUCUGUGGAAGACAAAUGAAGAUAUCAAAAUUUUUAUGUUCCACAGAAGAAAGAAAGUCACAUGGUUUUGAAAUGCCAUGAUGGUUGAUAAACAAUGACAAAAUUUUUUUGGUAAACUGUCCCUAAGUAUCCAAAACAAACACUAAGCAAA